AAUGAUACAGCAAGCCUGCCAGAGGAGAUCCUAGAAGUUAAAGUCAAAGACCCUCAAAAGCUUGAAAUUAAGUUUGAAGAAAUAGUUCAUCAAUAUGAUGAUCCACCGUUAGAACAUGUUAAAUUAGAACCUAUUGAUAAGGCAAGAUAUUCUAAAAUACCAUUACUUAGGCGCAGAAGUUCGCAUGACGUAAAAUUACCUGGACAACUUGAUAGAACAUUGUCAUUGAAAACCAGUACGAUAAAUGAAUCAACUCCAGGAAGCGAUCAAGAAGCGACUAAGACAGAAGACAUCGAUAAAUCAAAUAACGUUACAAAAACGGAUAGAGUUGAAGACGAUAAUGAUGACAGUGAAAACGCUCUGGAGAUCAAUAACAAUGACGAAAAUAUUGAAGAUAGUGACAUCGGAACAGAAUCCCCACCUCUACUGAUACAAGAUUAUAACACAAUCCCAACCCCAGAUUCUGAACUAGUAAAAGUUGGAAUAUUUGGAUUAUCUCCUCGAAACAUUCCAUUGGAAGAAACAAAUCAAAAUGUGACAACACCUGAGCUAGAAACUGUCAAAGUUGCUGUUAUAGAUAUGCGUGUUGAAGAACCACCACCAUCCAUUAGUGAAGAUAUUAAGAUAAUAGAAAUAAGUCCCGACCCAAAAUCACCAGAAGUACAAGAUAAUACGUCUAUCGCAACAAUAGAUAAUAAGCAGGAAAUAGUAAAUAAUGUAUAUUUAACUGAAGAAAAUAAUACUGAGAUUCCAAACGAAAGAAUAGAAGAUACACAUUUAAAAGAUAAAAAAGACACUCCUGAAGCAACACUAACUAAUAACGAUCCAGUCAAUCACAAUGAAAUAAAUCGGAUUGUGUAUCCCGACAACGAAUUAAAAUCUUUUAAUUUAUUGAAAAAUACUAAUAAUAUUGAAGAAAGAACCAAGUCUAGGUAUAUUAACAGGCCACCGAAAGAAGAAACGAAACAAAAUAACACACCAAUAUUAGAAGAAGAUAUACCAAAGGGUAAAGUUAGUAGUAUUCUGGAAAGGUUUUCUUCGCAAGAAACUCCUAACACUGAACACAAAGAUAAAAAUAAUGAUGAAGACAUUACAGUUACAAAGAAAGAAAAAGACAAUAUUCCUAAAAAGAAAUCAGUUCUUUCUAAAAUUGCCAUGUUUGAGCGUAGAGAUCCAGAACCUCCAAAACAAAAACCAAACACUCACAAAUAUUCGAAACCAGUACGAACUAUUAGCGAAGAAAUAAAACACUCGCCAAAAAUAGUUGAAGAAGUCCUUAAACCCAGAGGCGCACAUAUAGAUAAACAUACAAUCGUUUCUGUUGAUAUCGUGAGACCUGUUGAGGUUAUAACUAAUAAUGAAGAACAGGUACCAAUUGUAGAGAAUUUGAAAGAAAAUAAAGUCACAUAUGAUAACUUUGACGACGCUCGACGCAAUCAAAUAGUUCAUGAUGUUUUACCCCCAAAAGGCGUACAUACAAACAAGCAUACAAUACUCACUAUUGAUAUCAUGAAGCCAGUUAAAGUAGUUACUAAUAACGAAGAGCAAGUAACGGUUGUAGAAAAUUUGAAAGAAAGUUCAGUUACAUAUGAUAACUUUGAUGAUCACAGGCAAAUCAAUAUAGAAUCUGAAAUUGAUCCAAAGCGUAUAAAUAUUGUGAAUGAUACUAUAAUGGAUAUUAAUGGACAUGAAGAUAACUAUAACAACGAGAAUACAUUAAAAGAAAGAAAUGAUAGUUUCAAUGUUGAAAUAGAAAAAGAAAAACCAAGUGGUCAGUUUCUUAGCGAUGGUAACAACGAAACAGCACCAGUUAAGAAAAUAACAUCAAAUAAAGAUUACAUUAAAGAAAAAUGGAAAAGCACAGACGCCCUUUCAGAUUUCCUACCAGUGAAAGAAAAAAUUAAUAGACUUAAAUCUCAUGACGACACAAAUAUGAAAAAAGCCAAAUCUACAGCAGAAUUGGACUUAGGAGAUGCUGUGAAAGGCAAAGUGAAGAAGAUGAUUGUAAGAAUGAAUUCUUCUGAGCUUCUAGAGGAUGUGAGGGUGAAAGAAGUAGAAGUUAUAAAUCCGAAGGAAAGGCCUAGAAAGAGGUCGGUCUCGGAGAAAAUCGCGUUGUUUGAGAGAAAAUUAACACUGGUAACCAUGGACAAAGUAGAAAACACUGGACGUGCUUUGAAUCACAGGAAGCCCGUCAUGGAAACUGACAACUCGUUAGCGGUUCCUGUCAACAUGACAAACGGCGCGCAAAUUGAAAUAGAUACAGAUUAUGCAGUGAAGAUUAAAGAGCUAAAGAACGCGAAAUUUUCAUAUGGAAGUGUUAGUAACAUGAGUUACAUACAACUGAGAGACGGGAAGAAAAUGCCCGUUAUAGCACUUGGGACUGCUUUGCUGGACCCAAAACUAGCAACACACAUAGUGGCAGCGGCCAUAGACUUAGGGUAUAGAGCCAUAGACACGGCUUAUAUCUAUGGCAAUGAGGAAGAAGUGGGGGAAGGAAUACGGGCCAAGAUACAAGAUGGGACUGUACGGCGUGAGGACCUCUUCAUCAUGAAUAAGAUGUGGAGCACCUUCCACCGCCCGGAUCUCGUGGAGAGCGCCUGUCGGGCUUCUUUGGCUAGCAUGGGCUUGCAAUACUUCGACCUGUAUAUCAUACACAACCCUAUGUCCUUCAAGGAAGGCGGCGAUCCCCUCCCGAAGAUCGCUAACGUUCUCCAAUUCUCCGACCAUGAUUACCUGGACGCCUGGUUCGCCAUGGAGGGUUUGGUGGCCAAGGGUUUAGUCCGCAGCAUCGGGGUAUCCAACUUCAAUUCCGUGCAAGUAGAGAGAGUCGUGGAUAAGGGGAGGAUUAAGCCGGUUGUUAAUCAGGUGGAAUGCCACCCGUACUUAAGCCAGCAGCGUCUCUCCGACUUCUGCGAGGCUCGUGACAUCCGCCUGAGCUGUUACGGUGUCCUCGGCUCCAAGGGAACUCCAGCUGACCUCAAGGCCUCACAGUUGUCUGCUAUAGAUGAACCGCUGGUUCAGGUCAUGGCCGCAGGACUUAGUAUUAGUCCAGCACAGCUGCUGAUCAGAUACCAAAUAGACAGUGGGCAUGGCGUGGUAGUGAAAGCUUCGUCCCCUGCCCACCUGUGGGACAACCUGCAAGCGCUCCAUACAUCACUGGAGCCUGCCCAGCUUGACGCCAUACAUGCGCUCAAUAAGAACAAGAGGACCUUCACGUUUGUCGGAAUGGGAGACACUCACAAGAAUUAUCCUUUCAAGAUUGCUUUUUAACUGACUUCCAAAAAGGAGGGUUUUCAAUUCGUCGGGAUUUAAAUCCGUUCCAACCAAAUUCCGCCAUUUUGGUUUUUCCGGCCUAAUUUUUGUGCCAAUGUGACCAAAUACCGUGAAUUUGGUUUUACCCGACUAAAUAAUACAACUACUUACGUAGUAUAUUUUUUUUGACAUUAAGUAUUUUUGUCACAGUAUUCUACCUACGAAAAAUACAUUAGUUUAUUAUCUUCCAAAUUAACUGUAUAGUAUUACACAUAUUACUGUUUUAAUUACUGAGAGCUUGUGGCGCCCUCUGCUUAGGAUAUUUAAUACCGUAUGAAAAAGUAAGAUGACUAAACUUAUGUAUUUUUAGUAGCGCUCUUUUCAAUGUGUGUUUUGACUAUUUCCUGUCAAAUGUUAUUUGUCUAUUAUUAAAUCUUGAUUGUGUGUUAGAAUAAGAUUUCGAUUUUUUUAACUAUGACUUUUUUAGUGUAUCUAGUAUUAUGUAGCCUGGCAAAAUAAUAAUUAUUAUACGGAUGGUACUGGUCCAAUUUCGGUCUCACUUUUGACAUUUGAAAGUUUUUCUUUGACAUCCUAUUUCUAUGAUUUUGCCUAUAUUUGAAUUUAACUAUUUUGAUUUGUUAUUUUUUGCCACGCUGUAUGUAUUCAAUUGAUAAUUUGUUUGUGUGUGAAUCGACUUCAAUUUUAAUUAUUGACAUUUAUAUUUUUCUUAAUAUUAAGAAUAAAAUACAUUUUGUAUGAAA